UUUUAAGUUCAGAUGGUAAGAACAGAAGAUAAACUAAAAAAAUAUAAAAGUAAAAUAAAAUCAUUGAAAAACAAGCUGAAAUGCAAAAAAAUAAUAAUUAAGUCUUUGCUACACACCUUACAGAAGAAAAAAUACAAAAAAAGAAGGAGUGACUCAUCGGUAAAGAGAAAAGAAAAAGAUGAAAUAAAAAAGCGGAGAAAAGUAAGUAACGUGCUGGGACAAGGCACGGAACAGAUAAUUAAAGAGACAAGUAAUGAUGGAAGGAUGCUCAACAAAUCGGAUGGAGCUGCGCACCACGAGAUAGUUGACGCAUAUACCGUAUUGGAGAGAAAUAACUGUGAAAAUGAAGAUAAGUCUUUCAAAUUAAAUUUUAAAUUGGAUGAAUACGUGGAUUACACGUGUUCUCUCUUCGUGCCGUACAUUUGUGAUGCAAAAGACACGUAUAAGCUGUCGAAGCAGCAUGCGAUAUACAUCAAAACCAAUAGAAAGUGCAUUCUCAAACACAUAUUUAAGGACAUUAACACCAGGGAGAUAGAAAAGACGUGGACUCUGCUGUUUAACCUAGGAUGCACGGAGAGCUACGAGGCACUGUGCGUAGUAGUGCACGACUUGUUCGUGUUUGUGGAGGAUUUUGAGCGGGUAUUCUACCUUUCGUACGCGCUGUUGCACAAUAAAAAAUUUGAGGUUGAUAUUCUCUCCAAAACGAUAAGAAUGCUGCUCAGCUAUCAGGCACUCAUCAUGAGAAAAGUCAACUCGGGCGUAGAAUUUGGUUAUAAAAUACAAGAAGAGAUGGACCUGUUUGACCAUUUUGAUGUAAAUAGCCUCUGUAAUGUUAUACUUGAGGACAACAGCUUUUCACAUUUGAACGUUGCAUCUCUGCGGAUCAUCUGCUCAUUUAUGGAUUGGAACUGGACCUACAACACCUUCAUCGUUCAGAUGCUUUAUCCCCGUUUUGUUGAGACGAAUCGACCUAUUUUACUGUUUUAUAUGGGCGUUAUUUGUACGCUGGGAUACAAGAACUUUGGGAUGCAUGAAAGCGUGCAGAGCAUAUUUGAUGAGAUAAAGACCUGUUUAGACAAAGAUAAUGUUGAAUUGAGCGCUAUUGCCUGUUCGUUUGUUAAGAAUUUUGAUUUGGACUUAGCGGAAAAAUGGGGCACAAGAAACAAAGUUAAAUACGGGAGACAAUCUUGGUUUGAUCACAUCCUGACUAAAAACACGUUUUAAUUUAUUAUUUUUCUUUAUGUGCCCUGCACACGGGAAC